AUGGGAAAAAAUUUUUUCGAAAACCACGUUUGCAAAAAUACUAAUGAGUUAGUUGAUCGACGGUUACCAAAAAUAUUGCUGAUCGGAUAUACAAUCAGGACUGAUGAAAAAAUCUGUCACGGAGAUCGAGCCCGAGUAAUCCAGAGAAGUUCUUUAUCAAAGACAAUGCCGGUAACAAGAGUGCAUGUAAAGUGGGUUGGAGAAAAAUAUGAGAUUGAUGUGGACACUGACGAACCAGUGUUAGUGCUCAAAACUCAGUUAUAUACAAUUACUGGGGUUGAACCAGAAAGACAAAAGCUUCUGAUUAAAGGUGACGAUACAGAGCUUAAUAGCCUUAAUUUGAAAGAGAUGAUGGGAACAGCUGGAGCAUUACCCAAGGUGCCAGAAACGAAGACGCAGUUUAUUGAGACCAUGACUGAUCAGCAAUUGGCAGAAACGCUUAAAUUACCUGCUGGUCUAACUAAUAACGGAAACACCUGUUACAUGAACGCGACAUUGCAAUGUCUUCACGCCAUUCCUGAAUUGCAAGAGUCGCUAGAUAGUUAUUCUGGUAGCGUUGAUCUCCAAGGGAGUCUUACUGAGUCUCUUCGUGAUCUUUAUCAACAAUUGAACAGAACAACCGAGACCUAUGAUCCUUUUGAAUUUAUCCAGACGCUUCGAGCUGUUGCUCCUGAAUUUGCUGAACGAGAUAAUCGAGGAUACAUACAACAAGACGCUAAAGAAUGUUGGACUCAUAUCGUAUCUUGUUUAAGUUCCAAGCUAAAGCUUCCUCCUAGACUCCAACAAAGUGGUGCAGGAACAUCGGCGACAUCGGCUUCCUCAGAAGAGGAUUCUUUUGUUCAACGUUAUAUGACAGGAGAGCGUAUCAUCACGCAAGUAUUAACGUGUGAUGAAGCUCCAACAGAACCUCCUGUUAUUAUGAAAGAGUCGUUUAUAGAACUAGAUUGUCACAUAGAUAUAUCGACAAAUUAUUUGAUGGAUGGAUUAAGAGCGAGAAUACAAGAAAAACUAGAGAAAGAGUCUCCCACGUUAAAUAAACAAUCAAUUUACACAAAAACGCAAAAAAUUAGUCGAUUACCUGCGUAUCUCACCAUACAAUUUUAUCGGUUCUUUUGGAAACAACAUGAACGUAUCAGAACCAAAAUUAUGCGCAAAGUGAAAUUUCCGUUCUUGUUAGAUGUGACGGAAUUUUGUACCGAAGAGCUGAAAAAUAAACUUCUACCUGUAAAGACCAAGUUAAUGGAAUUGGAAAAAAAUCAAGAAGAAACGAAUAAAAAAUCGAAGCUUGCGAUAAAUUACGAACAAUCCAAAGAAAAAGAUAAAAAACCGACAAUAGAUCCUGCUGUAAUUGAAGAAAUUGAAAAAUUAGUAGAUCCGGAACUGGCAAAAGAUAUUGGCGCUAAUGUGACUGGGCUAUAUGAACUUUGUGCUGUUCUCACACAUAAAGGGCGAUCAGCUGAAUCAGGCCAUUAUGUUGCGUGGGUAAAUAAAAAGGAUACAGGCAAGUAUGAAUGGCUCAAAUAUGAUGAUGACCGUGUAAGUAGUGUGACGAAAGAAGAUAUUCAAAAAUUGGAUGGAGAUGGAGGAGGUGACUGGCAUAUCGCAUACAUUGCUUUAUAUCGAUCUAAAGGAAUUCCUAAAUGUUGA